GUCCCAAGGAUCCCUGAAAGCACUAACCGACCUACGUGCUGGUGGCGUAACGUCAUCUGUGUUUAUGUGGCCCUCUACUCCAGUUUUAUUAUCGGGGCUGUGGCUAAAUUAGCAUGGUAGCAUGCCGUCAAACAUGAUUUGACUCCAUAGCAGACACAAAGGACAGAGAUGGCGGUGUGUGCACUGACAAUGGACGGGAUGGGAGAUGAGGUGGCUGCAGUAAGCGGUGUGUUACUCCUGGUCUUGGCCCUGGUCCUGGCUUGGCUCUCCACGCAAGUGGCAGAUCGGGGAGACCACAUCCUGAGCACCAUCCUUACAGUCGGUGCCCACGCCUCUCUAAUCGGGCUGGGGGGCCAUGAGAGUUACAGUGGAGGGCCACCCAGUGCAGACACCCCAGAGCAGCAAACACCUCCACCCUCCCAGGAGAACAAGCCAGAGGAGGGGGAGCCUGGGUCUGAGAGGGAAGAUGGGGAGAUAACAGGAGAGGGGACUACAGGGGCUGGAGUUGACCUGCUGUUGAAUAUCCAAGGGAAGAAACCUCAGACAUACCAGCCUGAUGAUGAUGAUGAUGAUGAUGAAGAUGAUGAGGAAGAGGAUGACUAUGAGGAAGAAGAUAAAGUUCAGAAGCUGAGCCCAGUGGUCUCCUGCACCAGCAUUACGGUUCGUUUGAAGUUCCUGAAUGACACAGAAGAGGUGGCAGUCUUGAGUCCCCAGGAUACAGUGGGUCUACUGAAGAGUAAGCACUUCUCAGGGCGGGAGCGUCAGAUCAAGUUGAUAUACCAGGGCCAGCUGCUUCAAGAUCCCAAACGGACUCUGCUCUCCCUCAACAUCUCACACAACAGUGUGAUCCACUGCCACGUGUCCCAGGUGCUGCGGGAGGCCAGCCCAGAGGAGACUGCUCGCUCUGGGGCUAGUGGGGGAAUCAGGGCUGCAGGCCUGGCUCUGAGCACCAGCAGCCUGGUGGUGCCUGUGUUUGUGGUGAUGUUAGCCGUGGUCUGGUACUUCCGCAUCAACUACCGUCAGUUCUUCACCGCCCCUGCUACCAUCUCCCUGGUGGGAGUCACUGUGUUCUUCAGCUUCCUCAUCUUUGGAAUGCACAGCCGGUGAGCGGGAGAGGAAGCAGGAUGGAAGGGCCCUCAUCUGGGCAGGAGAAUGAGAGGGAAAAACAAAUGUGUCAGGAGGAUGAAUGGAGUCAGGGGGCCUCUCUGCCUUAGACACCAUGGAGCUCAACUGGAAUCCUAAGAGUGGGUGUGCCUCUGUUUGUGCAUGUACCAGCAAAUAGCAUAAAUGAGAUUGAUUGUAUGUGCAGAGAUUCAAGUUAUCUGGAAUGUGUGUUAGUAUGAAGCAGAGAUAAUAAUGAGCGGUAAUUUUGCUUCUCAGAAAAACAUUGAGUGGGUCAAGCUCCUCUUGGUUCUUUAUAGGGCAGAACCAUCAGCAUCACACCCAGGACCACAGGCUGCUUGGUCCACUGUGUCAGCAAUAUCUUCUGGCCAGUUUGGCUUCACAUAGACUGUUCUGUGUUAGGUUGCUCUCAGAAAUUAGGGUCUCUAUUCAAUCAGAUCCGCUUUAGCCGACAUCCGUAUAGAAGUUGUGUGGGAGGUGGAACUGUGUUAGUGCUGUCAAUCCACUGAGGUAUAAGAACUGGAGACUGUGUCCAAGAUGUCCGCCUUUUGUUUUCAAGGAUAUCUACUCACGUUCGCAUACGCCAAUUCAUGUCCGUCUAUAUCCGGGUUGAAUCCAGUUUUAUACAGAUCAACAUCACAUGCACUCAGUGUGCACAGGGAGCAGCGCAGACAAACAAAAACAUGGCAGACUGAUGAAUAUAAAAUGUUAGCAUCAGCUACAAAUAUUUGAAUAAUACAAUAGAUGAUUUGUGUACAAAGGUGAUGACCUAAGUGUCGUAUUAUAAAUGUUGAAAUCUGACUUAUCUAUGUGGCCGUGUAUGGAAAUUGUCCUUCUAGGCUGAGCGUCAGUUAAACUGCAAAACUGUAGCAGUCGAAACCGUGCUUUGCUUUAAGUAAAUACCACGGAGCCUUGUUUACAAGUUCAAACGAUGGAAUGUGAGAUGUAAUCUACACCUCGAUGAGGCUGAUUAGAAAUCUUUAUUUGAAUUAUUUUCAAUUUGAGUGUAAUUUCUAUCUAGCCUACACGUUCUCGUUCUGAACUUAUAAUGCAAGUAGGACAGGUGUGGCUUGGUGAUAAUGAUAAAGAGCAGCCACUCACCGAUUUGACAGCUCCAACGCAGGUGCACCGCCCCGCCAGAAAUCAGCUAUCGCCGGUUAACACUUGAUCUGAUUGAAUCUAGACCUAGGAUAAUGCAUCUCUUCACAUCAUGGCUACAUACUCUUUUCAUUAUAUACACGUUAACGUUCCAGAAAUGUUUGGUCUUUUUGUAGUACGUGUUUGAACGAGCAAUUCAUUUCCUCAUUUGCAACAGAAACAAAAUGAAGAUUAUACAACUAGACUUGACUCUAGAGCAACUUUGAAACCACUCACCAUGGAGUGGUGGUUAUAUUUCUUUCUUUCCAGUUCUUUGGAAAUGAGCUUUCACCUUAGUCAUUGUGGACUGUAACGACUGCCUUUUUGCAAGGCAAAACAGUUUAAGGAUUUUUGUUGCUUGAAUUACUCUACGCUAAUAUCAUUAGUUAUUUUAAACCAUAUACGUUAAUGCAUGAAAAUAAGCAACAUGUUUGGUUUAGAAAAUACUGUAAAUAUGUAUUUACUGUACAUAGAAUGAAUGGGAUGAAACCACAUCAGGAUUUCUGUUGGGGAAUUUAACACAGAUGAGGGAUAAUAUCUUUAUCUCUUAAGUUCGAUUGUUUUCCUCUGGCUUCAGAUUUAAAGACAUUCAAACCAAUCAGUCCCUGUGUAAAGAGGGAGUAUGUCUGAUAUUUGACAAAAUGACAGAACGCAAGAAAUCUGAAUGACACUUAAUUUUACUCAGACAAAGAAACCUCUGUACACUUGGGAAACUGAGAUAAAGAAAACCUAGCUGUGCGUCACAUUAAUAUACAAUUGACAUAUUUGCACAUGCACACACACGUGCAUGAAAAAAGUUGUUUUUGUUUUGUGAAGACACUUUCUAUUGCGUCAUUUGUCCACACUCAUAUUGUUCAGACACACCGAUACACACACAUAAACAGUUACACAGCAUUAGUAAUACAGGACAUUCUUUACCCUGUCAGCAAAGAGGAACAAAUUAAAUGAUCCAUACCUAAAAUAUGUGUUUUUUCACUUGAAGGUUGAUUCUUUUAGUGCACAUUAAAGUGAUGUCAUACUUAA